AUGUCGAGUCUCGAGUGCCGAAGUGGCAUUUGCACACAAGUGUCGGCAUUGCUGCUGUACGGCGCGACCUUUCUUGCGACUCCAGACCGCAGUGUGUUACAGGCGUCAUGCCUUCAGUACGGGAAUCAUGACUACCUGUUCGGAAGACGGCUGGGCCACGGCCGCCUGGGGGAAGUUCGGCACGCUAUUCGACGAUCGGACGGGGAGAGCGUGGCGGUCAAGUGCGUCAAGCGGAACCGACACUCUGGCCAGGAGGAGGAGCGUGUGUUGGAGGAGGCAGCGGUGCUCAGCGGCCUGUCCCAGCCGAGCAUCGUGCGUCUCGUGAGCUUGGAGUCCCUGCCAAGUUGCCACUUCUUGGUUGUGGAGCUCCUCGAUGGGGGCGACAUCCUCGACGCGGUGGCGGGGCUCCACUCCUACACCGAGCACGACGCGCGGCAGAUUGCUAUCGCCCUGCUGCAGGCCCUGAAGCACGUGCACGACGAGGUCGGCUGCGUUCACCGAGACUUGAGGCCCGAGAAGCUCCUGAUGGCCAGGGACCCGUCGGGGGGCCCGCAGCCGGGGAUCGGCAAGAGGGUCAAGGUGGCCGGGUGGGGGAGAUCUAAGAGGCUUCCGCCCAGCGGGGAGGUCCCUGGAGAACACUGCUUCGGCAACCGAGCUUUCUCGGCGCCCGAGAUGAUCCUCGAGGAGCCGCACGGCAAGCCCGCCGACAUGUUCGCCGUCGGGGCGCUCCUCUACACCCUCCUCUCCGGCUCGCCGCCCCGCGUGGCCACCCUCUCGUCCGCCGUCAACCCUAAGGCGCCGGACACCGCCACCGGUCCCGCCUGGGCGGGCGUUUCGGCGGAGGCCAAGGGCCUGGUGGGGGCGCUCAUGACGCCGAGGGGGCCGGCGGCUAGGUUUUCCGCGGAGAAGGCGUUGGGGCACGAGUGGAUCAGGGCGGGGAAGGGGGAGCUGAAGUCGAGGUCGCUGGACGCCGUGCUGAAAGGCGCGAGGGUGUUGGGCUGGACCCGGUGGCAGAACGAGGAGAGGAGCAGGCUGGACGGCGGCGCGCGAGGCAGCGGGAUCCCGAGAGCUUCGAGCAUGUUUUGAUCACAUUUGAUUUGCUGUUGUGCUUUUCUCGUGGUUUCAUUGUGCUUCUUUUUUUUUUUCUUCCUCUGGCGAAAGGUGUCAUGUCGUACUUCAUUUCUCUCUUUCUUUGGUGGUGAUUUUGUUGCCUGUCUUUUUUUGUGGGGGGGGGGGGGAUGAGAGUGGUUUUGUCGAUCUCUUCUUUUUUUCCUUGGACGGUGCGUGUUUUGAUUAUCUGCUCGAGCCAGCGUGUCGAGAGAUGAGAGUCGUUGACGGUUUUUUGACGCUAGGCUUGCGGCUUGUUGGUGGAGGAUUCUGCUUUUGUUGCGCUCUCGAGAGCAGUAGUGCUACUCAUAUAUUAUUUCAUGCUUUAUUAUUACUCCGGAAUAAUUUCACCACCACCAGUGCUGAAAAUUCUCGGAGGUUACGAAUUGAGUGUUUUUCGGCGUUCCAAGUGAAAGCAACGAGUCGCGUGUUCCCAUGACCUCGCGGAGUGCUAGCCGCACGUGUUCGUCUCGAGACUGCUGUACUCUAGUGCCAGAAUCUUUUACGGCGACGACUCUGUGCGGUGUGCAAGGUUUGUGGCGGAUUUAGUCGAGGAUGUGUGGGCGUGCACCGCUCUAUAUUUCGUCGACCAGGAAAGACUUUUGCGGCGGUAUGCUAGAACACUCAUUUUAAUAGGCCAGUUAGGGGAGGCAAAUGCGCGUGAGAGAGAGAGAGAGAGAGGGAAGUGAGAUUAGGCGGGUAGAGCAUCGUUGAGGGUUUUCUAGUAAAAUGGGUCGAAGCGCAUAUUGUACGAUAGUUUUAGUUGCUAGGCGGAGAGGUGAUAUCACGUGUACAUAUCACGCGGUCGGUAGCACAAUAGCACAUUCUGUUCUCCAACGGAGGCUCGGCGAAUCUAGUCGGCUUUUUUUUUUCUUUCAAGAGAGACCCUAAACUAAAUGGGCGUGUGGGGGGGGAAGAGGGGGCUUAGCCCGUUCGUCCGCGCUGUCCUUUUUUCUCUUUUCCUUGGACGUGUGAGUUGGAAGCGUUAUCCAUAUGAACGGAAAGUCUUCUUUAUUCGUGUGAACGAGAAGGUUUCCGCACUUGUUGCUUGCGUCGGUGACGUUGUUGCUCAAUUCACUCACCUGGCGUUCUUUUGACUCUCACCCUUCGCUUGUUUGUUGGUGUUGCAAAUUGCGGUGUUUUUGUGUCAGGGGCAGUAGUAGGGGCACGUAGUGGGGUGUGUGUGGGGGUCGUAGUGAUUGCAAAAUUUAUCACGGUGACGUAAGGUUGUCGAUAUUUGUUCCCGCCACGAUAAUAGUAGUUUUCUUGUGCGGGCGACGAGGUCGAUGCGGGGAAACCGACCAGCCCGUGUGUUUGUUUCAUUCCAAUGUUUCUGUACCAUAAAGGCGGUCGGCCCCUCUCUCGCAGACAAAUCCUUGUUGUAUGUGUGGGGCGAGAGAAAACGGAGCUUAUUUUUCUUUUGGGGAAUGCUGCUGCUUUUGGGUUGGUCGCCCCAUUCUUGCUUGUGGCCUUUUGGGCGUGAGCGAGAUUCUGUAUGUUGCUUUAUUGCCUUUUUUUUUCCCGUGGGUACGAUUGAAUCAUUCAAGUUACUUGUGCGGCAGCAAAUGCCCUACUGCCUUGUCAACAUGUGUAUUCUAAGACCAUCACCGGUGCAAGGCUCUGCUGUGACGUGUGUACAGAGGCUCGGUAUGGUUUGUGUGUUUGUGCGGAAAGCGUGGAAUUGUGAUACCAUCAAAUGUAUGCAUGCCAACAGGGCGGCCGGGACUUAUUACUUCCAAGGGACUGGAGUAAACGUCAAGAGGCAAGAGAAUAAGAAAAUGCGGAGGGCGUUGCGCCACAAUCGCGCGAGACAGCCUCACGGUUCCGCAAAAAGAAGAGUGCAGCGGGGUAGGGCGGGACGCACACAAUACGACGGCAUGUCGAGAAAACGGGAUCCGGCCGCGGAUCUGUUGCCGCUACUGUGGUCUGUGGCUAGAACCCGUGCACCUAUUCAGUCAGGCGGGUGCGAAAGAGGUACUUUCAUUAAGGCGGGCACCCUGUGAGCAUGAUCGUUGUCAUCAAGAUUGGCUCCCGAGAGAGGAGGGGCGGGGGGCGGGUGAGCAUUGGGCAGUGUCAUGAGGUUCUAGAGGUACGCGAGAUGACGGGGCGAAGAGAAGAGGACCAACAAAAUC